AUGUCUGAACGCAUCAUCCCAGACGGCAUCUCAGACGCUCACCCCAUCUCUGGCCUUGAAGAAUUCCAGACUCAUCUGGCAGAGCUCGAGAAUGAUCCCUCCGUGCCAUUCAACCUCAAACUCCUGGACGAUAUCGAGCUUCAGUUAACAGAAUCCAACAUCCCAGCUCUCCUCCCAACCGUCCUCCCUCCACUCACCCAAAUCCUCAAAUCAACCACGCAAGAUCCCUCUCCUCUCCUCUCCCUCACCAUCAAGCUCCUCUCGCCCUUAACCUUCACCCGCACUCUCACCAUCGCCGACCCUCCCUCCAUCCUCACAGCCUUGAGCUCUCCUCUCCCCGGCGCCAACCUCCUCGCCCUCGCCAUCAUCCACAAGGCCGCCAAAGCACCCACCGAGGCCGCCCUCUUCAGCACUCUCCCCGAUGUCGUCGAGGUCCUCAUCCGCCGCUGGCUAGAAAGCCCAGACGUCGGCGUCGGCGAGCGCGCGGCAAAGGUGCUCGGCGACUUGCUCGAGACAGACUGCGGAACCAUCCGACCGACAGAAGGAGUCAACGGCGCAAGCAGCUAUACCAUCAACGGCUUCAGCACCACCACAAGGCGCCGUAUUCCCGGCCACGGACGCCUCUGGAGCGUGAUUUUCACUCAGCGACCUUUCUUGGAGCUCAUCAAGACACUCUGCUCCCCUGAAACAGCAAAUCCUCCUACUCGGCCUCGACACCAAACCUCCCUCUCACAAGGCCGUCUCCUACGCCUCCUUACCCGCCUCGCAACGCUCGAUAUCCGUGCUAUAAGCACAGCUCACCACCAAGAUCUAUUCUCCCUUUCCACUACUGCCAUCGCCCCCAGUGACCAAGGGAUCCUGCAAUGGGCAGCGUUGGAGAUGCUAUCCGGGUCAGACGAUAUUCUCAUGCACCUCAAUCUCAUAGACUUUUUCGAGACUUUUGUCAGUGUCAUGCGCGUAUCUCGUCUCACCCCUGAAGAAAACGUCAUUGUGAAGAGAUUGGUUAAGGCGGCGGCCGAAGGGGAUGGCGGGCUGAAGGAGGCCCUGAGAGGACUGCCGAAUCGGACUGUGGAAGAAGAAGCUGAGCCUUUGCGUGCGUAUGUCAGCGAUAUACUAAAUUGA